UUACCUGAUGACUUUCAAGACUGGUACGAGGAGACAUAUGGGGAGCCUGCAAGUGCAGAUGUCCUUCGCUUUUGCAGACGUGAGCUGUAUCAUGUGAUCUGGCUACUUCAGCUGGAUCCUGAGUUCAUGCAUGCCUAUGAACAUGGAAUUCUUCUUCGUUGUGGAGAUGGAGUCCUUCGUCGACUAUUUCCGAGGUUCUUUACAUAUUCUGCAGAUUAUCCUGAGAAGAUACUUCUCGCAUGCAUCCGCUAUCUUGCACGAUGCCCGUGCCCACGCUGUCUCAUCAAGAAGGCUGACAUUCCAGAUAUGGGUUCACAUAUGGACAUGCUCUGA